AUGGUGAGACUUUGUCGCUCAUACUUUGGACAUGUUAUCAGGGGGCACCAGUCCUACAGAAGGACAUUACACUCGGUAAAAACCGUCCACCUUUUUGAAGGACUGACUUUUAGAUUUCGACAAACAGAAGCCAUGUUAUUGUCAGAGGGUAAUAAAAGUGGUGUCACAUUUUCUCUUUUGGGCUUCUCAGAUUACCCAAAACUGAAGAUUCCCCUUUUCUUGGUAUUUCUGGCCAUCUGCAGUGUCACCGUUGUAGGGAAUACUGUAAUGAUUGUAAUCAUCAAAAUUAACCCCAAACUGCACACCCCCAUAUACUUCUUCCUCAGCCACCUCUCAUUUGUGGACUUCUGCUAUUCCUCCAUCAUUGCUCUUAAGAUUCUGGAGAACCUAGUUGUAGAAGACAGAACCAUUUCAUUUUUAGGAUGUGUAGUGCAGUUAUUUCUCUUUGGUACCUUUGUGGUGACUGAAUCAAUUUUAUUAGCUGUAAUGGCCUAUGACCGCUUUGUGGCCAUUUGUAACCCUCUGCUCUACACAGUUGCCAGUCUCUACACAGAGACUCUUUCCAACAUAAUCAAUCACUUCUUCUGCGAGUUCUCCACACUUCUUUCCCUUUCUUGCUCUAAUACUUACCUCAAUGAGUUGUGGCUUUUUAUCAUCAGUACUUUUAAUGAGGCGAGUGUAUUACUUAUCAUUCUCACCUCUUAUGUGUUUAUCGUUGUCACCAUCUUGAAAAUGAGUUGUUCGGCCAGUGGUUGUCAUAAGGCAUUCUCUACCUGUGCCUCUCGUCUGACUGCCAUCACUAUCUUCCAUGCCAGCAUCCUGUUCCUCUACUGUGUGCCCAACUCAAAAAACUCCAGGCACACUUUCAAAGUAGCCUCUGCGUUUUACACAGUGGUGAUCCCCAUGUUGAAUUCCUUGAUCUACAGCCUGAGGAAUAAGGAUGUCAAGAAUACAGUCAGUAAGAUAAAGGAUAUUAAAUUCGUUUUUCAUUAUAGUAUUUCAGUAGUAUUUGUCCCUAAGUGGAAAUAA